GAUACAUACUAGAGGUCAUGUUGUAAUUUCUUAUACAAACUAGUUGCUUUAACUGUUCAGAUACGAAAAGCAUGCCUUUCAGGUUAGUGUCAGCAUGGAACAAGCGCCGCAGAAGCAAAUCUGAGGAUCAUAUCAACCCCUGGAUAUAUAAGCCUGUGGAGUAUUGGCAACUUGAAGAUCAAAAACCACCUGCAAAACGGCACCAAGGUUCAUUAGUUUUCACCCUUAAAGAAAUGGAAAAGGCAACAUGUUCUUUUAGUGAUGAGAAUUUCCUUGGUAAAGGAGGAUUUGGCCGAGUUUACAAAGGGAUUCUACAGUCUGGAGAGGUUGUAGCAAUCAAGAAAAUGGAGCUACCGCAGUCCAAAGCAGCAGAGGGGGAGCGAGAAUUUCGAGUAGAAGUUGAUAUCCUGAGUAGACUGGAUCAUCCAAAUUUAGUUUCCCUCGUAGGUUAUUGUGCAGAUGGGAAGCAUCGAUUCCUAGUUUACGAAUACAUGCGUAAAGGAAAUCUGCAAGAUCAUUUGAAUGGUUGUUUAAGCAUGCAAACAUAUCUUAUCAAAAUCCUAUUACACCCUUCUGAUCAUAAUUUACUUUGGCUUGUAGGAACUGGGGAAGUGAAGAUGGAUUGGUCUUUACGGCUUAAAGUGGCUAUAGGAGCAGCAAGAGGACUCGAAUAUCUUCAUUCAAGUUCUAGUGUCAGAACUCCAAUUGUUCAUAGAGACUUCAAAUCCACCAACAUUCUUUUAGAUUCCAACUAUGAAGCUAAGAUAUCGGAUUUUGGGCUUGCAAAGUUAAUGCCAGAUGGCCAUGAAACCUAUGUGACUGCUAGAGUGCUUGGUACAUUUGGUUACUUUGAUCCUGAGUACACAUCGACAGGAAAGCUCACUUUACAAAGUGACAUUUAUGCAUUUGGAGUUGUUUUACUUGAGCUUUUGACUGGACGGAGAGCUGUGGACCUGAGCCAAGGACCCAGCGACCAAAAUAUUUUACUACAGGUUAGGCAUAUUUUGAAUGACAAGAAAAGAUUGCGGAAGGUGAUAGAUCCAGAAAUGAGUCGCAGUUCAUACACAAUGGAGUCUAUAGCAAUGUUUGCAAAACUAGCAUCACGUUGUGUACGGAUCAACAGUAGUGAAAGACCACUGAUAGAAGAUUGUGUUAAAGAACUCCAGCUGAUUUUUCAUGUAAAUUCGAAAGGCUUGAGUAUGGCCAUGCAUACAUUCAGGAUGCUCUAAGAAGUACUCGGGGUAAAUAUUUACCUACCUCGUAAAAAAACCUCUGGUACUUGGAAAAAGUUGCGAACAUCUGCAGCUUCACGUAAACUUUUACGGAUUUCACAAGAUAUGACUCAAGUGACACUCUUUACAUGUAUCAUAGGCCCUUAGUGGUAGCAUGUCUUGUACUGGCUUAGAUUAGGAAAUAAUAUGCAAAGGUGCGAGAAUAAUAAUCAUUUUCAUUAUAUAACAUUAUUGUUAUUAUU